CGAAGUCAGCCAGACAUGUCAGUGGUUGGGUUUAAUGCUAACUUAACAGAAGUAGGUAGUUGAGUUAUCUCGAAGUAGUUGAACUCCUACAGGAGUGCUUGUAAAUCACAGUCUGUCGUCAGGUUGGCUACAGAGACACUCGGCAAACCGGCUAACGUUACGGAUUCGACGUCUUUGGUGUUUGACUAUAACUGGUUGGCUAGCGCUGGCUGGCUGGCUGGCUGGCUAGCUAGUGAGCACACCCAAAGUAUCGUCACCGUUUGGCUUGUUUUAUGCAGCCAUGUCUGCGGCCGGAGACUUCGGCAACCCCUUAAGGAAAUUUAAAUUGGUAUUCCUCGGAGAACAGAGUGUGGGAAAGACUUCGCUGAUUACCAGAUUCAUGUAUGACAGCUUUGACAAUACCUAUCAGGCCACUAUAGGAAUAGACUUCUUGUCAAAAACCAUGUAUCUGGAAGACCGAACAAUCAGGUUGCAGUUGUGGGACACGGCGGGGCAGGAACGUUUCCGUAGUCUCAUCCCUAGUUACAUCCGAGACUCUGCCGCUGCCGUCGUAGUGUACGACAUCACAAAUGUCAACUCCUUCCAGCAAACCACAAAAUGGAUUGAUGAUGUCAGAACAGAGAGAGGAAGCGAUGUCAUCAUCAUGCUGGUGGGAAACAAGACAGACCUUGCAGACAAAAGACAGAUAACCACAGAGGAGGGAGAACAGAGAGCGAAAGAGAUGAAUGUUCUGUUUAUUGAAACAAGUGCAAAGACAGGCUACAAUGUCAAACAGCUUUUCCGGCGUGUGGCCGCUGCCCUCCCUGGCAUGGACACCACACAGGACAAGAGCAGAGAAGACAUGAUUGACGUAAACCUUGAGAAGCCACCAGAACAAACUGUCAGUGAAGGAGGUUGUUCCUGCUAAUGUUGCCUCUCUGUUUCCCCUUCUGGCUUCUCCUCAAAUGCAGUCUUUUUCUGUACUGUACUGUACUCAUCAGUAUCCCCUCCUAGCACCUCUACCAGCACCUUGAAGCCACAGCUCUGUUCACCCCAGCCUGAAAUAGAACACUACAUCCGUUAUCCUCACUGUUUAGAAAACCUCCUCACGCCCUGAAAGUGAUAAUUCACCUUGGCAGUACAUCAUCACUUUUUGACAAACAUAUUUUGCUUUGACUCAUGAACAGUCACAUCCUGUCCUAAGCCUUUUUUUCUGAACUGAGUUGUGAUAGAUGCAAAAAAUAAAGCAAGAGUUCCACAUCAGUGGUGAUUAUUGAGAAGAUUGUGGAGUAUAUUUAAAAGAUGAAAGCUAUCAAAUGAAAUGACGGAUACCCAGGGCACACCCAUGUUUUCUGUUCAUGAGCUCAAAUUGGGAUAUGUAGGGUAAAAAGGGAGAAUGUUCUCUAUAAGUGAAGUCAUGUUUUAAGCUCAAUAAGCACAAAGUGGAUGUGAUGUGUAUCUGUUGGCAGUUCGGACAUAACUUGUGUUGUUGCAAUGAAGUGGAAAGCAUUCACUGUUACAAAUGCAUUGUUUUUUAUAGAAUAAUACACAGAAUUGGUUGUUAUGCCAAAAGACUGAUAUCUCAAGUUUUACACUGAACAACCAAGAUGCAGUCACAGUGAGGGAUGGCAGCAGCUGAGGGCUUGUUUUAAAUUGACUUUGAACUUGAGCCGCCCGUCUCUGAAGAACUCGACCACCAGAGCCGCAUCUCAACAGUACACCAGCUUGAAGCGAUGACUCACAACACCAACACAAAACUUGGAACUAUAUAUCACCCACAACCACACACAUCAAAAUGAUACCGUCUGUAAACGGCAACGUCAUCACAACUCAAUACGCAUUACCGUCCUUUUUUUUUUCUACCCACAUUUCACCAUAGGCAUGAUUUAAACCCGACUUUCCCUUUGCUGCCAUUUUCUUCCAUUUUUUUCCCUUAUAGUUCAUUUUAUUUCUAAAGACUACAACUAUUGUAGAGCAAAAAUACUGCUUUGAUUAUUAGUGUUUAAGGGAAAGAAUUUCAUAUCUUAAGAUUGUCAUAAUCGUUACAAAACCUGUAAUAAACAUUAGUUAUGGAUACAUGCCUUUUAAAGUUAAAUUGUAGAGGGCUUCCUUGGCUUGGGUUUACCUAGUUUUGUUGAGUUUGGUAUGAAGUUUGAACCACCUCUUUUGGCUUUGAUCUUUUGUUAGUGAUUAUUCCACAUGUGUAUUUAAUCCACAUUGACUCGUAAUAUUUAUUUCUACUGGAUUUUGUUUCUUUUUUAUGGCUGUUAAUAUCUUCACUUAUGGACCUAGUCCUAAAUUGUUAAUUAAAUAUGCAUCCAUUUUGGACCACCUUAAUACAACAGUGGCCACGGAACACCUCUUGUUCCUUCUGCUGUAUUUCAAUGCCGAUGUGAUCACACUGCUAAUUCUGUGCAAUCUUUUUUUGUGUGUGUAUUUACGGAGGAAUGUCCACCAGUUUUUGCAACAUAGUCUUUUAACAUUUACGUCGGGAAUGGUUUUAAAUGAAAGGAUAGAAGAGAACUCAUCACUGUUGCUGGAAUUCAUCAGUGUCUUUUUGACACUGCAACAAAACUCCACAUUAAGUGGUUGAAAUAUCCUUUUUGAUGUUUGAAUUAUAAAUAAAUGCUAGUCCAAACAAACUACAAUGAGUCACCCCUCUUUAUUCACCAAAAGAUAAAAAUGAUUUAUUAAUGUUUCAAAGCCCAUGUCUUUUGCUUGGUUUCAAGUGCCACAGUGGCAACAUUUGUGCACCAGUCUGAAAAGGCCUACAAUGGCAAAUGGUGUAAUUAUAUGUAAGUAGCCAAAUUCAAACUAAGCAAAUUUUCAA